AUGGUUUACGCCCUUUUGGACGAGCAAUCAGAUGCCUGCUUUAUCAAGGACUCAAUAUUGAAUGUUCUUGAAGUCGACGGUCCAGAAGUACCACUUGAACUUUCCACAGUGCUCUCUCACGAAGUUAUCAAGUGUCAGAAAAUCACUGGUCUGGUUUGUCGUGGCAUCAACGAAACUGUAGAAGUUAAUACUGUAGGUAAGGUUAACAAUAAACAUGGGCAAAUAAAUAGUCUGCUAAAUCACCAAUGCUCUAAAUUAUCGGGUAAAUUAGACAGUGAAAUCACAAAGUACAGUUGGUGAAUAAAGGUACAUGAACUUAAGCCAUUGAGUGGCACACUCUCCCCUGACAAGUAAAAUUGUCUGGUGUUAGACAGAGUAAAAUAAUCUGGUGUUAGACAGAGUAAAAUAAUAAAGUAGGGCGCAAUGCGGCUUAGUUAAAGGGUUAACAGGGUGCAUGGGCAGAUUGUCUGAUUAACCCAUUGAGUGGUAGCAGUCUCCCCCUGAUGAGUAAAAUCAUCUGGUGUUAGAAGAGUAAAAUCAUCUGGCUUAGACAGAGUAAAAUAGCCUGGCGUUAGACGGAGCAAAAUCGUCCGGCAUUAGACAAAGUAAAAUCGUCUGGCAUAAGACCGGGUAUAAUAAUUAAGUAGGGCGCAUCUGAGCACAUUGUGACUUAAUUAAAGGAUUAGCAGGGUACAUGGGCAGCACUCUCUUCAGUUGGCGAGCAAAAUUGUCUGGGGAUUAGACAGAGUAAAAUAAAAAAGUAGGGCACAUCUGGGUCAAUGUGACUUAAUGAAAGAGUUAACUGGGUGCAUGGGAAGAUUGUCUGAUUAAUCCAUUGAGUGACAACACUCUCCACCCUGAGAAGUAAAAUUGUCUGGCAUUAGAGAGAGUAAAAUCAUCUGGCAUUAGACAGAGUAAAAUAAUAAAGUAGGGUGCAUCUGGGCACAUUGCCACUUUGAGGACUUAUACAUUUACCUUCUUUCACUUUGUACAGAUAGCUAGUGUGGUAGACAGUUUAGAGGAUUUGGAAGACAUUGGCAGGGAAUUGACGAAGGAGAAAGCAGCAGGUAGUCAGGGAGGAAGUUCAGGUACUCACAGAAGGAAGGUUAGCACAGGAGAUAUUAAAUGCAGUGGGAGGACAAGAAGGCGGCGUAGUGUAGAAACAUUUAAAGCAGCUGAGAUAAUACAUGCAGGAAGAGGAGAUAAGAAGUCUUGUACAAUUGGGUUACUUGAUACCAUUGAAAGUAAAUGUGAAGAAGAUGAAUUGUUUAAUGCUAUUGAUGUUGGUAGAUGCAAGAAAUUGAAAGAGAAGGUGUUUCCGAAAGUGUACAAAAAGGAAGUGAAAUUUUACGAAUCCACCACAGAAAAUAUGUUGCGAUCUGUGGCAGUUUAUUAUAGUAAUGGGGUAAUGGGUAAAGUAAAAUAUAAAUCUGUGUAUAUAUCAUCCACCUAUGGUUAUUCGCUUCAUAAGAAGAAGGCUGUGCGUAUGACUGUUGCUAACUGCCCCAUCCCCCGUCUUGUUCCAUAUCAUAGGCUGGUUGCAUACACUAAAAGCAUUGAUGUAGGUAAGUUGUAUUGUGUUCGUGACACUCUUUGUGAUGGCUUAGACGAGAAAGACAAGGUAAGUGGUUGCUAUCGUGAUCUGGAAGAGCUGCUAGUCCGUUUGGCAGAAUUCUAUCUUUCCAGUGAUUAUUAUAAGAUACUUACAUUUACUGAAACAAAUACUUUUCAUAUUUCUCUAGGUGGUGACGGUGCUCCAUGUGGAAAGGAUGAUUCUGCUUGUGCUUGGUUGGUAAGCGUUUUAAAUAUUGGGCAGAGUGUACUUAGUAGCAACGAAAAUUUUCUUCUUUUUGGUGGAAAUUGUAGUGAAAAUUGUAUACCUGUGAAACGGUUCUUGCAAAAAUUGUUAGUCGAUAUCCGCAGAAUUGAAACCACCACAUAUACGGUUUCGUGCAAAAGUAAGAUUGUUAACGUUAAGUUUUUCAUUUCAGAGUUGCCUAAUGACAUGAAAAUGUUAGCUUUUCUAGGUAGAGAAUUAAGCAAUAGUGCGAAGUAUUUUUCUUCUUUUGGCGAUGCGAGUUUAGACACGGCAAGAAAACCAACAGGUACGUAUGGCCCUGAACCAUCCCACACGUGGAAGCCAUGGAAAUACGAUCAGCGAAUUGUGGUUGCGAACAAGGUGGAAAAAUUGAAAAAAUCUUUAGAAAAGACAAAGAUUUCAGAUGCAACAAAACGCAACAAGGUAACUACUUUUAUAGCAAAUCAAAAGAGUAGGCAAGAAUUUAAACCAGUCAUUGGUGAACUUAUAGAUCGCGCACAUGUUGACCCAUUACAUCUGAAGAAUAAUGCUUGUGCUCUUGCCCAUCGCAAUAUUCUAAAUAUUGCACUCUCUUUGUCAAAGUUGCCAAAUUCUGUGACAGGUUUUGCUCAGGUUCCAUAUAUAUCACUGUUUUUCAAAUAUGUUGAGGCAUUAAGAUCGAAAUGUUUUCUUUCCAGGUUAUCCAAGAAAGUGAUUAGGUGGUUUAAUGAGACAAGGGGUAAUGGUAAAGCAUUUGACUACAGGUUUACAGGCAAAGACUCUCGCAUGUUCUUGCACAACUUUAUGUUUUUAAUAGAUUUGGUAGAAGAAAAGACCCUUGGUAUGCAAUCUAAACAACUCCACAUUCAUGCUUAUCUUUGCGUUUGUCUUCGCAAUGCUGUUUCUCUUUUUAGUCGUAUUAACAUAUCUGAUGAAGAGGUAAGUAGUUUAGAGCAACAUUGUUGCAGUUUUUUUCGUGGGUACUCCCUCUUUUUUACUGUAAAUCCAACUGUUUGGACCCUUGGCCAUGUUGUUCCAUUGCAUACCAAGGAAAUGAAAAGUAAGUAUGGUAUGGGAUUGGGACUAAAUUCUAUGGAAGGAAGGGAAGCCAAACAUAUAGCCAUUGCACGGUAUAGCCACAACACCGCGUAUUUAUACCGAUGGGAGCAAAUAUUUCGCCAUGAGUAUAUUUCUCUCAUUUGGCUCCGCGAAAAGGGUUACAAUACCAAAGUCAAUGUUACUUCUACUAAACUUCGUUAUAUUCCUAAGCGUGUGACCACCAGUCAGGAGUUUUGCAACUGUGGACUAGAUGUGAAAAUUGAUGGUCAAUGCCGUUUUUGUGGUCACAGUUUAAGAAACAAAAUUAAGGUUAGUAUUGAAAAAUGCAUAAUAGAUCUUUAA